AUGGAUGAGCUGCAGCGCAUACUAGGUGGCACCAACAGCAGAUACAUUGAGGAAGUAAAAGGAAGAUGGGCAGAAUUCUGUGCCAAGGUGCAGUUCUACGGUGUGUGGAAGAAAGUCCUGAAACCACCUUUCCCUUUGGAUGUCCGCAGUGUGGAUUUCACACUCGCCCUCUUCAAUGCACUCCCAUCCCUCUUCCCCUCACCAACUUCACCACCAAAGAAGCUUGGGAAUAGCUGUGAGGCACUUCUUCAUAUCCUGAAGUCAGGCGAAGACCCCACCCUGUAUCUGGAGAAGCGUCCUCUCUCCUCCCCAGUUCUGCUUUUUGAUGGAUCAACCACCAUCGUGGCUGUUGGGUUUUGUCGACUCUCCAGCCAAACGUAA